AUGAAGGGGAUUCGCGGCACAGCGGCGGGCCUCGCGGCCCCCAUCCUCUGUCUCCUCUUAGGCUCCUCUGUUUUCGAAGCGGAUGCCUUCAAAGUGCGCGCGCACGAAGCUGUAUCCAUGACGACGCUUAGUGGUCUCAGCACUCCCGCCAACCAAGCUCUGAAGCGACUGCUGAACGGCAAAGACCUCGCCGACGUCGCAGGCUGGGCACACCGCGUGUCAGACAAAUACCCUGACACGGCGCGUCUUCAUUUUAUGCACCAGCCCGCGUGCCCGUCCAAGCCGCUCCGCACUGACGACAUCGUCCUCGAUAAAUCCUUUUGCAGGAUGAAAGGAAACUGCCUGUUGGAGGCUCUCACCUACUUCUUCUUCCACCUGGUGGAUCCAGACCAGAACAAAGUGGAGCAAAAAGAUCCAGCCGUCAUGACGACGACGAACUUUGUGUUUCCUCACGGCAUUAAAACGACGGAUGCAGACGCGGUCAAAUACAUCAUCAACCUCAUCGGCGACAUGCACGAACCUUUACAUCUGGGAAGCACGGAUGACGACUACGGCAGGAGAGUUGUUGUCCAGUACAACGACGGCGAACAGACGCGCCUGACGUCUCUGUACAACUAUCUGGAAGCUGCGCUGAUUGACAAAACAGUCAAGCAAAGACAGUACUUUUGGUUUUCAGGCUGGACACACGUAAACUCGGUCAAGGGAGCGUACGACUCCGAGAAGGCGUUGUUCGCCAAGAACAAAGAGAAGAUGUUUUCGGAGUGGGCCAAGGAGAACCGCGCGGUUCUGUGCAACGAGGUGUACCCUCAUGUUAAAAAGGCGAAAAAAGACGCGCGGGCUGCCGCCAGCGCCUUGGGCGAGGCCGCCGUCGACGAGUACGCAAGGGCGGCGCUCGACGCCGCGAAAGAUGUGCCGCUCUUCGAGGUCGACUCAGCGGCCGAGUUUGCCUUGUUCCAGGUUCUGAAGAAGCGGAUUUUGCUGGCUGGUGCGCGCGUCGCCAUCGUCAUGAACCACAUUUUGCAGGUUCGCGAAAGCAAGGACCUCGGCAAACUCCGACAAGGAAGCGGCGUGGCGGAUGUGGUUGACUCGAUCGAUCCUCCGCUCGCCGUGGAGAACAUGUCGAUGGUCUACCUGAAGAAUUUCCUCACAAACUUUGCAAUCUUUCUGGUCAUUCUGCUCUUCUUCGUCUACAUUUCGCGUUUCUACUCGUCGCCGCCUGCGCACUCGCCCCAGAGAGGAGGCGCAAGUGGAAGCGCGAUGACCAAGAUGGCCCAUGUCGGCGGAACGCCUGCGGGGGGAAAACGCAUGGAAAUGGAGUGCAUGAAGGACAGUUGA